AUGAUGGAUGCGAAGGGCGGCAAGAUAAUGAGGAUACUGAGAGGCCAGUACGCGGGACAUUCGAUGUCACCAAUGGAGAAGAUGGAUGGACAUGUGGUGCACAUGGUGCCGAGAAGCUUCAUCACGGAGGCUUCAUCGGCAUGUCUGUUUCUAGAAGCUCAGGUAUGCCCCUUUAUGACUAUGGCCAAGGUCUAUGCUAACGGCAGGAUAGUGAUACCAAGAAAUGAUUAUGUUCGAGACUUUUGCAUUGCUCGACAGCAAAGCCUUCUUUACUUCCCUGCCACAGAAAGCUUUCUUAAGCCCUAUGGCCUCCUUCAACGUCCUCGUCUCAUGGUCCACUACGCAAGAAAAUUCCUCUUUCAGUAG